CCGUGCAGCUCCGCUCUGCAGGUUAGCUCGCUCGCCGACAUGGCGAUGGCGAUGAGGCUUAUCCUGCUGCUCCCCGUGAUCGGCUGCGCCACCGCUGCUGGCGGUGGGCGCGUCGAUCUGUGGCCAAUGCCGGCGUCGGUCAGCAGUGGGGACAAGGCACUCUACGUCGCCAAGGACCUCAAGAUGUCGGCGGUCGGGAGCAAGUACGCCGACGGGAAGACUAUCCUGGUAGAAGCCUUCCAGAGGAUAGUGUCAGUCAUCCAGAUGGACCAUGCUAUCGUUGGCAGUUACGACAGGCUUCCUGUGCUCACCGGUGUUAAUGUAGUUGUCCAUUCCCCGGAUGACGAGCUCAAAUUCGGGGUGGAUGAAUCAUACAACCUGUCAAUUCCUGCAACUGGCAGCCCGAUGUAUGCCCAAAUUGAGGCACAAACAGUUUUUGGGGCGCUUCAUGCUUUGGAGACAAUUAGCCAAUUGUGUUACUUUGAUUUUGUUUUGAGCAUAACUCGACUUGAUUCGGCUCCUUGGACUAUCAUGGACAUGCCAAGAUUUCCUUAUCGAGGGCUUCUUAUUGAUACUGCAAGGCAUUAUCUUCCUGUCCCAGUAAUCAAAAGUGUAAUUGAUUCAAUGACCUACAGUAAGUUGAAUGUGCUUCAUUGGCAUAUCGUGGAUGAGCAAUCAUUUCCUAUUGAAAUACAUUCAUACCCAGAACUAUCAAAUGGUGCAUACUCCUAUUCAGAGAAAUAUACAAUCAGUGAUGCACUUGACAUUGUACAAUAUGCUGAAAAACGAGGUGUGAACGUCUUGGCUGAGAUUGAUAUCCCUGGGCAUGCUCGCUCAUGGGGUGUUGGGUAUCCGUCAUUGUGGCCAUCAGCUAGCUGCCAACAACCACUUGAUGUUAGCAAUGACUUUACUUUCAAAGUGAUCGAUGGAAUUCUGUCAGAUUUUAGCAAGGUUUUUAAGUUCAAGUUUGUCCAUUUGGGAGGUGACGAAGUCGAUACAAGUUGCUGGGCUACAACACCACACAUUAAAUCAUGGUUGGUUCAACAUGGUAUGAACGAGUCUGAUGCCUAUAGAUAUUUUGUAGUAAGAGCUCAAAAGAUAGCAAUUUCGCAUGGCUACGACAUUAUUAACUGGGAAGAAACAUUUAACAACUUUGGAGACAAGUUGGACCGCAAAACUGUGGUGCAUAACUGGCUUGGACGUGGAGUUGCAGAGAAAGCGGUUUCUGCUGGUCUGAGAUGCAUUGUAAGCAACGCAGAUAAGUGGUACCUAGAUCACUUGGAUGCUACAUGGGAAGGAUUUUACAUGAAUGAACCAUUGGCGAAUAUUUACAACCCAGAACAACAGAAGUUGAUUCUGGGUGGUGAGGUGUGCAUGUGGGGAGAACGGAUAGACGCAUCUGACAUUCAGCAAACCAUUUGGCCACGUGCUGCGGCAGCUGCAGAGCGGCUGUGGACUCCCGUUGAGAAGCUUGCAAAGAAUGUAACAACGGUGACUGCAAGAUUGGCACGCUUCAGAUGUUUACUGAAUGAAAGAGGGGUCGCUGCUGCACCACUAGCUGGAUAUGGCCGCGCAGCGCCAUUGGAACCAGGAUCCUGCAUGAGGCAAUAGGAUAUUCAUAACAGGUAACUAUCAUUCAUACAGGAAUGCGCACCAAUUCAGGCUUCCUUUUCACCGUUUUGGGCAAUUUAAAAGCUCAUGUAAAUGUAAUCCGGAAAGUCCUGUACUUUAAGAGAACGUUUCAACAAUAUUGCAUUCCCUUUUUCGUGGUAAUUGUAACCAGUCUACGAUA